AUGGCCACUGCGCGGUCGUAUUUUUACUACCUCGACGCCCAUGGGAACCUCUUUCCCGUCACAGACAUUAAAGGACUCAUUGACGGUACAAAUAUUCCAGCAGGUCCAAUACAACUGCGUGACCGGGCUUUUCUAGACUUCUUCUACUUGCGACUUAAGCGAAGUGAUGUAGAAGAUGCAGCGGCAUGUUCUAACGUUAGUGACCGUAGGGAAGAGGGGGAAUUACUGCUGCACAGUGGCGCAAAGCUAACGCCGCAGGAGGUAGUGCAACACUUUCCGUAUGUGAGCAUAUGUGGUCCCGAAAGAAAUUUCUUAAAGGCAGAGGAGGCCCCGUUAGUGUUUGUAAACUACACUUCUGGUCAUCCAAAGUGCAAGCAGCAAAACGGAACCCUUGCGUUUGGCGAGUCGCUAUGGGAGGACUUCCAGCCCCAGGCGCUGGUCGUUACACGGGAAGGUAAACUCUUUCAUCCCAUCACUAAACUCAAGAAUCUUAUAGCCACUCAAAAUGGCGCAGGUGAUGCAGUUCCACGUGGCUUAGUUGAAGCUCAGGUCGUGAAGAAAUUGGGGCUGGAGUUAGUUUGUGACAGCGCUAAAAGUGGAUACUACGUCCUUGAGUGGAAAGGACAGAAGCAGCGCAUUCCGUAUUUUGACGAACUGUGA